ACUGGAGUCGGCUGAUGUGGGCAUACCCGUUGAAGCAGAAGGAUCAUGCUGCCUCAACAAUACGAGAUGACUGGCUGCCGUUCGUCGAGCGACAAUCUGGGCACCCAUGCAAGAGCAUCAGAACCGACCGAGGUGGAGAGUUUCUAGGAGGAGAUCUGACUGCGUGGCUCAAGAAACAAGGCAUUGAGCAUCAGCUAACGACGUCCUAUACCCCUCAGUCAAAUGGCGUUGCUGAGAGGGCUAAUAGGACCAUCCUGGAAACUGCGCGAGCACUGCUGAUCGAAUCAGGGCUGGGGAACUCCAUCUGGCCUCAUGCGGUGAGGCAUGCUACAGUGGCAAGGAACCGCGUACUCACAAAGGUAGCUGAUGAUAUGUGGGUGCCGCUGGAGAGGUGGCUUGGAAAGAAGCCUCCAGUGGACAUGCUUAGAGUGUUCGGAUGCAUGGCAGUGGCGCAUGUCCCUAAACCGUACAGGACAAAGCUUGGAGCAUCUGCACUGUGGUGUGUGCACCUUGGGCUUGCGGCAGAGAGCAAGGGGUGGCUACUCUUGGAGCCCUCGAAGAAUGUGCUGUUUGACAGUCGGGAUGUCAAAUUUGUGGAGAACAUCAUGUAUGGCAAGUGGGAGAAGCAGCCGGAGGCAAGGGUCACCCAGCAGCUGGAAGAGAUCACUAUGCACUUCGAUUUGUCCGAACCUGAGGACAGCGAAGUCACUGCGCCAACGGCAAGCGGUACUGAUGAAGGAAGCAAUGAGGAUAUUGCAGCUGAUGCUGAAGUCAAGGAUCCGGAGCAGCAGCAGCAAGAGGCUUCCAAAACACCAAAUGGAGAAUCACACAUGGGACCUGGUGUAUUUGCCAAAUGGGAAGAAGGCAAUACAGUGCAAGUGGCUGGCAAAAAUCAAGACGGAUGAGAAAGGAGAGCCAUCAGUUUAC